GCUCACAGUCAGCCUUCUACUCUUCCCUCUUAGUUCGCUCUCAGCUCUCAUAGUUCACGUGCUGUCGCCUUUUCCAAGUCACUCCCAUGGCUCGUACGAAGCAGACGGCCCGCAAGUCCACGGGGGGCAAGGCGCCCCGCAAGCAGCUCGCCACCAAGGCCGCAAGGAAGUCGGCGCCCGCCACGGGCGGCGUGAAGAAGCCUCACCGGUACCGCCCCGGCACGGUGGCUCUUCGCGAGAUCCGCAAGUACCAGAAGUCGACGGAGCUGCUGAUCCGCAAGCUACCGUUCCAGCGCCUGGUGCGCGAGAUCGCGCAGGACUUCAAGACGGACCUGCGCUUCCAGAGCUCCGCCGUGAUGGCGCUGCAGGAGGCGGCGGAGGCGUACCUGGUGGGGCUGUUCGAGGACACGAACCUGUGCGCCAUCCACGCCAAGCGCGUCACCAUCAUGCCCAAGGACAUCCAGCUCGCCAGACGAAUCCGCGGCGAACGCGCUUAGCGGCCCGUGGCUCCGUUGGAUCGACCCGCCAUUUCCGCCAGUGGCGUCUAACGCUUACCGGGGAAUUGUUCUCCACAGUUUCUCGUCUUUCCGACGACCGAGUGUCGCCGUGUGACUAGUUUCGCGAGAGCGGGCUGAAGCCUCUGUCCAUAGUGGCGACGUGGACUCGUUUCAUUGAAGCCGUCUGCGCUCGUGGGACGCCCCGGGGGUACUGGGAUCUUGGUACAGUACUGUUGCAAGCCUUGUGUUUUUGUUUUUUGUUUUUUUUUUUAAAUGAAUAAAAUUGAUUAUA